AUGAAAAAGCGUGACGAGAAUUCUCAACCCGAGAUGUUAGAAGGUGCAAAAUCAAUGGGUGCUGGAGCUGCUACAAUUGCGUUGGUGGGAGCUGCUGUCGGUAUUGGAAACCUUAGAAAUGGGAUUUUGCAGGUGCAUGGUGUCAGUAAUUUCUCUUCAAACAAGAUCCCUAGCCUUCUUGAUUUUGCUUCUAUUACUCCAGCAGUUAAUCAGGUGGAGAUGCAUCCGAUGUGGAGGCAGAAAAAGCUUAGGGAGAUAUGUGCAGAACAUAAGAUCCAUGUGAGUGCCUAUUCACCAAUUGGUGGGCCAGGAAAUGUGUGGGGAUCAACGGCUGUGAUUGAUAGCCCUGUCAUCAAAUCCAUCGCUCUCAAACACCAUGCAACCCCAGCACAGGUUGCUCUAAAAUGGGGGAUGUCUAAAGGAGCGAGUGUGAUCGCGAAGAGCUUCAAUUCAGAGAGAUUAAAGGAGAAUAUUGGCUCGUUCAAUCUGAAAUUGGACGAAGAAGAUUUGGAUGGGAUUGAUAAUCUUGAGGAAAGAAAGAUCAUGAGAGGAGAUUUUCUCAUUAACCAAACAACAAGUCCAUACAAGAAGGUUCAAGAUCUAUGGGACGACGAGAUUUAGAUCACACCCUAUACAUUUUUCUACUUUAAUUUGUAGUUUUUAUUGUUAAUUAAUUAUUGGAAUAUGUGUGUCUCUGUUAUCUACAUCGGGAUAUUUACUAUAAA